UAAUAUUAUUUCUUAGGGAAUUAAAUUAUAUUAAACCCUUAGCAGGUAAAUAUAAGUAAUAUAUUCCCUUUAUUCACACAUCUAUAUACCUGGCUUGGGGUUUUUUAAAGGAGUGUUUAAAAUAAAAUAAAAUGGAAGGGAAAGAGAGUUUGCCGCCGGGUUUUAGGUUUCACCCGACGGACGAAGAGCUGGUGACGUUUUAUCUUGGGAACAAGUUGAGAUCAGAAGAAGAAGAAGAAGAUGGUUUCACAACUAGGGCUAUUGCAGAUGUUGAUCUCAACAAGGGAAGGGCUCCUAGAGGUGAAAAGACCAAUUGGGUCAUGCAUGAAUUUAGGACCACCUACCCCAACUCCUCCUCUAAUUAUAGGACAACUUUUAACAAGCAUGAUGAAUGGGUAGUUUGUCGUGUUUUCAAGAAGAGCGGCGCUGCCGCAGCAAUCAAGAAGCACCCGCCGUCGUCCAACCACGCCUAUGCCGCCGAGGUCGGUUCGUCGCAGGCAAUGGACCCGGUCUAUCGCGGAGGCUUCCACUUUAGCGCCGCCACCGGAAAAAACUACAUCGCGCCCUGCAGUGGCGGAUCCAGAAACUUAGACAACAUGCAAGAGCUGAACACGGCCUUCCGAGGCGGUGGCAUUGGUCCCGCCGCUUCAACCGGCGCAAGCUACCUCCCGAUCUAUCCCGUGGGCCCCACUGAGAGAUCGGAAGGUAGCUUCACUACUCUUUCCAGUGUGAGCCUGAACCUCGAGGGCGGGGGCAGCUGCAGUGGCGGCCCCACACCUGCCGAGUCUCAAGCAAUUCUCCCACCAAUGCUGCUGCCAGUUACGACGUCUCAGCUCGAGGCGGUGACCGAUGGUUGCGUCAUCGCAUGCGACGACGAUGGGGACGACCGGUACGCCGGAGUAGACUGCCUGAACAGUACUCCUAAUGACUUUGAUAGCUAUUGGCCUACAUAUUGAUAUGAUCUUUAUAUAUACUCAUACUGUUUAGAAAAAGAAUGUGAAUAGAUCAAUUUUGAAAUUUUAAUUUUUUACUAUUGUAAUUUUAAAGUUUACGUAUGAAAUAUUGACUCUCACACUUAUUUUUCAGAGGCUCGAUCACAAAUUCACAAUCAAAUCUCUUUCAUUUU